UACGUUCACCUGUUGGUACGUGCAGAGAAACCGAACUCCAUAACAGUAGCUUGUGGAAGUGGAUCUUCCAAGGAACACAAGAGUAACGUGCACAGCAAGUUAAAUGUAAAUGAGGAAUACAUGGAAGCCUUUAGAACGAAGUCUUACGUAGAACUAUGUAGCCAAGUUCAAGACCAGCUAAGAACAACAUCAACAUCUUCAAUCUCUUCAUUUCCUUCCUACACAAAUCUUUGUGAUCAACUGCUAGAACCACCACCACAAGAGAUUCUAAUCAACUUGAUCGAAAGCUGCUCUACUGAUCAUCGCCUCCGCCGUCUCCUCAUAGAAUACUUCGAGUGCAGCUUGGAAGCAUGCAAGAUUUGUGGAUUCCUUCUCCAAAAUUUAGACCUAAUAAGAGCACAUUAUUGCAAGCUUCACAGUUUCAUCAAUUUGUCAAGACUCACCGACGAUCAAUGUGAUCUCAUAUUCCAUGAGCUAGCUUCGUUUGCCAAGCUUGCCAAUCCUUUCUCUGGUUCGAUUUUGGGGCAAUUCCAUCUAAUCCAUGAUAGGUAUGAAUUGUUGCUCUACAAAUUAAGACAGACACGUAAAAAGAUUGAGAAGAGAGCGAAAUUGAUUCGGUUGUGCAAGAAGGCUGCAAAAAUUAGCCUCAUUGUAACUUGCACUACGCUUGCGGUGGUGACCCUCAUCUUGGUGGCGACUCACACUUUUGUUGGCAUUGCAGUAUCACCAGCUUUAUUCAGUGCUUCAUUAGGGUUUUUGAAGCGAAAAAUCAAGUCCACUCGAAUGGGGCUCAGUUCGAGUGUUCUUUCUAGAGUAAGAGCACAACUUGAUGCAGCGGCGAAGGGGAUUUUUAUACUGAACAAUGAUUUCGACACGGUGGAUCGAUUGGUGAUGAGGUUGCAUGAUGAGAUAGAACAUAGAAAGGAUAUUGCCAAGAUGUGUGUGAGGAACCAGAAUAAGGAGUUGUUGAUGGAGGUUGUGAGGGAGUUUAAGACAAAUGAGUCUUGUUUUAUGGAGAAAUUAGAGGAGUUGGAGGAGCAUAUCUAUUUGUGUUUUCUUACCAUUAAGAGAGCUAGAAGACUUGUUUUACAAGAAAUAAUGGUGGGAAAUGCUUGAUUCUUGCAUUCUCACAAGGGAACAACAACAAUAGUUUUGUUUUAAUUUGUUUUAUGCAACUAA